AUGCGAAAUCAUAGAAACAGUAAUGCACAUCAGUCAUCGACUCGGAAUAAAUCUGAACCCGAGAAAAUGUCGCGACGGACGCUGCUGAUCUUCGGGGGUGCUUUAGUGCUACGACUCGUGCUACUGCUUUUUGGAUACUUGCAAGAUUUGUAUAUGACUGUCAAAUACACGGACGUAGACUAUGAUGUGUACACGGAUGCAGCCCGGGAAAUAGCUGAAGGCCACUCGCCAUUUGAGCGCACGACAUAUCGAUACACGCCUGUGCUAGCUUUUUUAUUAUUACCGAACAUUUAUAUGCUUGAAAUGUUCGGAAAGCUGCUGUUUGUGGGCUGUGAUUUGGUUGUCGGCUACAUUUUGUAUCAAAUCUUACGGCUGAGAGGACUGCCUGAUUCAAGUGCUGUUAAUUAUUCUUGUGUAUGGCUUUUCCAUCCAUUUUCGGUGAAUAUUUCAACGCGGGGUAACGCGGACUCGAUUGUGGUGCUGUUGGUAAUGUUAUCACUAUUAUCGAUGAUGCGCAAGCAACUCAUGCUGUCAGCAUUGGCAUAUGGUGCCGCUGUUCACUUUAAAAUUUACCCGAUCGUUUAUGCGCUGGCGAUUCUUGUGUUUCUUGACGGCAAUUUUCAAAGUACAAGCAUUGAACGGACUUCCUCAUGUAGCUCAAUUUGGGCUCUGUUCCCAAGACAACUGAAUCGAGAUCGUCUAUUGUUUGGCCUGACGAGUGGAGGUUUAUUUGUGCUUUUAGCUGCUGGCUUCUACCGCCUCUACGGGCUCCAAUUUCUGCAUGAGGCGUAUCUAUACCAUUUCACACGCACAGACAACCGUCACAACUUUUCAUUGUACUUUUAUGAUCUAUAUCUUCGAUACAAUACUCCGACGGGUUUUGGGGUUGGGCUUCUAGCAUUUCUACCUCAAUUUUCGUCACUUGUUGCCAUUUCGUUUGCCUACGGCCGUGAUUUACCUUUCGCGCUAUUUUCCUUGACAAUGGUAUUUGUGAUUUUUAACAAAGUUUGCACUGCCCAGUACUUCUUGUGGUAUACCGCAUUUAUGCCUUUGAUUUUUCCACUGACACGUUUGCGACUGAAGUGGAAGGGUUUCGCUAUGAUCAUUGCGUGGCUAGGAGGCGAGCUCCAUUGGUUAUACUGGGCAUAUUAUCUCGAGAUGCAAGGUGUCAAUACAUUUUUUCAGUUAUGGAUUGCAGGUCUCAUUUUCUUCUCGGUCAACAAUCAAGCCAAAAUUCCUGAUUUUCAAGACAAUGUGUAUCAUCUGCUAUCGCUCUCUGACGUUAACCAGAGCGAGCGUCGACACGUGCAGCAUUCACCACUAACCCUGAUAAAAUCCAUCGCAAGAUCAGCAGCAUCAUUUAGCGGAUGA